AGCGGAUCAUCUGGAAGCUAUGGAGGAGGAUCUUCAGGAGGUCUUGGCAGCGGAUCAUCUGGAAGCUAUGGAGGAGGAUCUUCAGGAGGUCUUGGCAGCGGAUCAUCUGGAAGCUAUGGAGGAGGAUCUUCAGGAGGUCUUGGUAGCGGAUCAUCUGGAAGCUAUGGAUUAGGUUCUUCGGGAGGUUUUGGCAGUGGAUCAUCUGGGAGCUAUGGAGGUGGUUCUUCGGGAGGCUUCGGCAGUGGAUCGUCAGGAAGCUAUGGAGGAGGAUCGUCAGGAGGCUUCGGCAGUGGAUCAUCUGGAAAUUAUGGAAGUGGAUCCUCUGGUGGUUAUGGAAGUGGUGGUGGAGGCCUUGGUGGGGCAUCUUCAGGAAAUAACGAUGGUUAUGGAUCUGGAGGUUCUGGAUCGUAUGACCAACUUGGAGGAGCCAAUGGUAAUGGACUAGGCGGAUCAGGGAACGAUCCUCUCUCGGAACCAGCAAAUUAUGAAUUUUCCUACGAAGUUAAUGCGCCAGAAUCCGGUGCUAUUUUUGGUCAUAAAGAAAGUCGCCAAGGUGAAGAAGCUACUGGAGUGUAUCAUGUACUACUACCUGAUGGUCGAACACAAAUUGUUGAAUAUGAAGCUGAUGAAGAUGGAUACAAACCUAAAAUUACAUAUACUGAUCCAGUAGGAGGAUAUGCCGGUGAUCGCCAAUCUGGAAAUAGUUAUGGUGGAAAUGGGGGCUUUGGUGGUUCAGGAAGCUUAGGGGGAAGUGGGGGUAAUGCAGGGGGCCUUUACAAUAAUGUUAAUGGUGGUGGAUCUAGCAACAAUGGUGCUGCGUACGGUGGUUCAAGUGGUCUUGGUAGUAGAUAUGGUGGAUCAGGAGGUUCCAGUGGAAGUGGUGUAGGAGGUGGAUAUGGUGGAUCUGGUAGUUCAAGUGGGGGCCUAGGAAGUAGCUAUGGAGGAUCGGGAAGCUCAAACGGUGGUCUAGGAGGUGGAUAUGGAGGAUCUGGAAGUUCAAGUGGGGGUCUCGGCGGUGGCUAUGGUGGUUCUGGUGGCUCAAGUGGCUCAAGUGGUAGCACUGGAGGAGGAUAUGGUGGACUAGGUGGAUCAGGUGGUUCUAGUGGAAGUGGAUUAGGAGGUGGAUAUGGUGGUUCUGGUAGUUCAAGUGGUGGUCUAGGAAGUAGCUAUGGAGGAUCAGGAGGAUCAAGUGGGGGUCUAGGAGGUGGAUAUGGUGGGUCUGGUGGUUCCAGUGGAAGUGGAUUAGGAGGUGGAUAUGGUGGUUCUGGUAGUUCUAGCGGUGGUCUAGGAAGUAGCUACGGAGGAUCUGGAAGCUCUAAUGGGGGUCUAGGAGGUGGAUAUGGAGGAUCUGGAAGUUCAAAUGGAGGUCUAGGAGGUGGAUAUGGAGGAUCUGGAAGUUCAAAUGGAGGUCUCGGA